ACGCCCCAUCUCCGUCUCCACCCUCCUCGCGAGGGCGGAGGAGGGCUCCUGAAUCCGCUAUCUCUUCCCCGCGAUCUCCCUAGCUAGCUGCUUUCCCCUACCGAGAAAACUGCGUACGCCCCCCGGCCCCGCCGUCGUCAAGAGCUGGCGCCGGCGGGCUGGACAUGGCCGGAGCGCUGUGCCUCCUCGUGCGCGUGCUAGCCGUUUCGUUCUGCCUCUGCCUCGCAUUAGCCACCGCCGACGCCGCGCGCUUCCUGGCGGCGGCGGCGGCGGCCGACGGAGAAGCCGACGCGCUCCUCAAGCUCAAGGCCGGCAUCGAGGACGGCGGCGGCGCGCUGCGGAGCUGGUCGCCCGGCACGAGCCCCUGCGAUGGCGACGCCUCCAACUGGGCCGGCGUGAUGUGCAGCGGCGGCAGCGUGCUCGGCCUGCAGCUGGAGAAGAUGGGCCUGUCCGGCACGCUCGACCUCCGCCCGCUCAGCAGCCUCACCAGCCUCCGCACGCUGAGCUUCAUGGACAACAAGUUCGCGGGCCCCAUGCCCGACGUGAGGGAGCUCGGCGGGCUCCGCGCCAUCUUCCUGUCCGGGAACAAGUUCUCCGGGGAGAUCCCCGCCGACGCGUUCGCCGGGAUGGGGUGGCUCAAGAAGGUGGUCCUGUCACGGAACAGCUUCUCCGGCGCCAUCCCGAGCUCGCUCACCGCCGUGCCGAGGCUCCUCGAUCUGCAGCUCAAUGACAACAAGUUCCAGGGCAAGAUCCCCGACUUCCCGCAGAAGGAUUUGAAGCAGUUCAAUGUCGCAAACAACGAGCUGGAGGGGGAGAUCCCGGCGAACCUCAAAUCCCUCGGGUCAGAAAUGUUCGCGGGCAACGACAAGCUCUGCGGCGGGCCAGUUGAAGCCAAAUGCGAAGCGGCGUCGCCUCCGCCGGUAACGUCGCCAGCGGCGUCGGACAAGAUCGGGGCCUCGCCGUCGCCGCCUGCAGCAACGACGACCGCGGCCGCGACGACGACGACGACGACGACGGGCACCGCUCCAACCGAGGACGGAACGCAGCAGAAGCCCACCGAGUGGUCGGCGUCCUUCGGCGUCCUCGCGGCGUUCCUCGGCACGGUGGCCAUCAUCUGCUUCGCGGUGGUCGCGUUGCAGAGGCGGCGGGAGUACAACACCGAGAACUUCGGCCCGACCGCCUCGACGAAGCCCGCGAUGCAAUCGCUGCCCCCGUCUCCGGCCAAGACCACGCACGCCGCGCCGCGUGGCUCCGCCGCCGCAAACGACGACCGCAGCAGCAGCGCCGGCGGCGGCAGCACGGUGGCGCGGGGGAAGGCCGGGGAGCAGGGGCGGCUGACGUUCGUGCGCGACGACCGGGGCAGGUUCUUCGAGCUGCAGGACCUGCUGAAGGCGACGGCGGAGGUGCUGGGCAGCGCCAACCUCGGCGUCUGCUACCGCGCCACGCUCACCAGCGGCCACUCCGUCGUGGUGAAGCGGUUCAAGGAGAUGAACCGCGUCGGCAAGGAGGACUUCGAGGAGCACAUGCGCCGCCUCGGCCGCCUCUCCCACCCCAACCUCCUCCCCCUCAUCGCCUACUACUACCGCAAGGAGGAGAAGCUCCUCAUCCAUGACUACGCCCCCAACAAGAGCCUCGCCCACCUCCUCCAUGGUGAAGGGAAGGGGAUCAAGAAGGCGGUGGUGCACUGGGCAGCGAGGGUGAAGCUGGUGAAGGGGGUGGCGCGGGCGCUGCAGUAUCUGUACGACGAGCUGCCGAUGCUGACGGUGCCGCACGGCCACCUCAAGGCGUCCAACAUCCUGCUCGACGAGCGCUUCCAGCCGCUGCUCACCGACUACGCGCUGGUCCCGGUGAUGAACCAGUCGCACUCGGCGCAGCUCAUGGUGGCCUUCCGGUCGCCGGAGCGGAAGCAGUUCGGCCGCUCCUCCAAGAAGAGCGACGUCUGGUGCCUCGGCAUCCUCAUCCUCGAGAUCCUCACCGGCCGGCCGCCCUCCUACGAGGCCGCCAAGCCACAGCAACCCCCGCCGCCGUCGGACCAGCCGCAGCCGCCGCCGCCUGAGAACAACCUCGUCGGCGUGGUGGCGUCGACGCCGGAGGGGGAGUGGCUGGAGGCGGUGGUGGACGCCGACCUGAGGCAUGAGGACGACGAGUGCAAGGCGGAGAUGGUGAAGCUGCUCAAGAUCGGCAUGGCGUGCUGCGAGACCAGCGUGGACAGCCGGUGGGAGCUCAAGACCGCCGUGGACAGGAUCGAGGAGCUCAGGGAGGGGAAGGAGCACGCCAACGAGGACUACUCCUUCUACUCCUCGAUCAGCGACGGCGCCGGCCGCGACAACGGCGACUUCGCCAACGUCGCCAUCAACUGAACUCGCACCACACACUCUAGCGCGCAUCAAAUUGUAAUUAAGCAUCAGCUGGUAAAUUUGAGCUCACUAUGUAAACUAUACAUAUGAUGCCAACACACUCAUUCUGAAACUAGCAAAUAUGUACUAUAUUUAUCUUUUGGAAAAAAUUUCGUUAGAAUUUGAUUCAUUUUGUU